UUAUAUAAGCCGAAAGACACGAAGGAUAGUGUUAUUUGCACAUCCACAGGAAGCUAGAGUCGGCGUCUUCACUCCUCUCAUCGAUCUUCGUCUCUUCGUCCUCUCCCAAACUCUAAAAUUCAAAGCUGCAAAGAUUGAGCCAUCCGACCGUAAAAGAAAGAAAGCAGCUUCAUCCCUCUCAGCAGAUCGUUCGGACAAUAACCAAGACAAAAGGCAGGGACACAUCAAGAGCAAAAAGACGAAAAUGUCCUCAUCAAAUCAGGUCAGGGCAUCCCACAUACUGAUCAAGCAUCAAGGUUCCAGAAGAAAGGCCUCAUGGAAGGAUCCAGAUGGUGCAGUUAUCAGUAACACCACCAGGGAUGCAGCUGUCACUCAACUCAAGUCACUUCGUGAGGACAUUAUCUCUGGAAAGUCCACAUUUGACCAAGUUGCUACUCGUGUCUCUGAUUGCAGCUCUGCCAAGCGUGGUGGUGAUCUCGGCCCUUUUGCCCGUGGCCAGAUGCAGAAGCCUUUUGAAGAAGCAACAUUUUCUCUCAAGGUUGGAGAGAUGAGUGAAAUUGUGGAUACAGACAGUGGAGUUCAUAUCAUCCUGAGGACCGGUUGAGCAGUUGCAAGCGAAACUUGUUGAUUUUUGAGGAUCCAAGUUAUCGCUAAUAUAUGGAUCUAGGGAUCAGCCCUGUGGAAUGUUGCUCUUUUUAGUUUUGUUAUUGUCAAUGACUAGCUAUUCAGUGUAUGAAGCAAAAUUGGCUAAUUGAGCACUAGAUGGAUUUGAACUCUUCUUUUGAUGACAUGUUAUUAUGGGAACUUUAUGGUUGUGAUUUGAAACUUUGGAUUUCCUGUGGGACU